AUGAAACUAUUUCUCAUUCCAGCCGAUUUUAUACACCCCUGCAAUACCACCGAGUCAGCAUGUCUAGUGCAAGCUACCCAAGACGCAAUUCCAGAGUUUUCCCAAGGCCUCCCUGAACUUGGAGUGCCUCCGCUAGAUCCUUUCGUCAUCGAAGAGCUGCCAAUUCAGCUUCCUGGGGUGAAGGUUACGUUCAUAGAUGGCAAAGUCACUGGUCUUAAAAAGUGCCAAGUGCUGAAUGUUGAAGCUUAUUUGGAAAGGAAUGUAUUUAUUCUCGAGAUACGCUGCAACAUCACGAUCAAAGGGAAGUACACAGCAGUGGGGAGGCUGUUGCUGUUCCCGAUAAAUGGCGAAGGAGACUCCAAAAUAAAAAUUGUGAAUUCAGUAAUAAAAUUGAACAUAAAGACAAAGUACUUCAAGGACGGAGAAGGGCGCGACCACUUCGGCAUAAAGAGUUAUAGAUACUCCUUUGAUUACGGCGACCGAGUUCAUUACACAAUCAACAACUUAUUCAAGGGAAAUCCGGAGCUGAGUAACACAGUACUGCAAUUCUUAAAUGAAAAUUGGAAAAUUGUGACGGAAGAAUUUGGACAACCAGUUGUGGACUAUGCAAUGAACGUGACAAUAGAAACAGCGAAGAAAUUCUUCGACGCCGUCCCCUAUGACGAAUUACUUCAUGUACCUAUACCUAAGUACUAA